AAUAGAACUUAGAUCGAUGGCGUCUAGGUUUCUGAUCCUGUGUUUCUCGCCUCUCUUUUUCUUCUUCUUCCUUGCUGUCGCAGGUGCUCAGACUAAUGCAUUUCACGGUGAAGAAAAGGUCUUCGACGUAAGAAACUACGGUGCUCGUGGCCACCUCGAAAGAAACAAUACUCUUGCGUUUACAGAAGCGUGGAGCAAAGCUUGUCAAUGGACUGGUGGAAGAUCAAAGGUCUAUAUUCCCGCCGGAGAAUUCUAUCUCGAUCAAAUAGCGUUCUACGGUCCUUGCAAAAGUCAUAUUACUUUUACAAUCAAAGGAACGUUGUUCGCUCCUCGGACCCUUUACGCCGACAAAAAAGCAGAAUGGAUCUCUUUCCGGUACGUCGAUAACCUCACCGUCAACGGAGGUGGAACACUUGACGGUCGAGGAUCUUACUCCUGGCCUCUCAAUGAUUGUAACAAAAACGUCAACUGUCGUGCUAUGGCUAUGAACAUUGGGUUUGCUUUCGUUAGAUCCUCGAGGGUUAACGGUCUAAAAUCGCUCAACAGCAAAAUGGGACACUUCAACUUAUUCGCAGUCGAGGAUUUUGACAUUACCGGCGUCGUCAUCACCGCUCCCGAAGACAGCCCUAACACCGACGGAAUCAAGAUCGGGAGAUCUAAGAAUAUGCAUAUUUCCAACGUCACUAUCGGAACCGGUGACGAUUGUAUCGCAAUUCUUGACGGUACCACCAACUUGGAUAUCUCUAAUGCCAGGUGCGGACCAGGGCACGGGAUUAGUGUCGGGAGCAUUGGGAGAUACAAAGAUGAGAAGAAUAUUGAGGGCAUAACCGUAAGAAACUCUGUAUUCAAAGGUACAAUGAACGGUAUAAGGAUCAAAACAUGGGCUAAGUCGGUCUCGCAGACUUCGGUUUCGAAAUUCUUGUUCGAGAAUAUCCAAAUGAUCGAUGCUGGAAACCCCAUCGUCAUCGACCAGCGGUAUUGUCCACACAAUCAAUGCGACAGUUCUGGAGACUAUCAUUCUCAUGUUCAGAUCAAAGACGUGAAGUAUAACAACAUUUGGGGAACGUCGAAGACUCGAGCGGCUUUGAUGAUGCAGUGUAGUAAAACGUUUCCUUGUCAAGGCGUUGAGCUCUCAGACAUCGACUUGGUGUACAAAGGAAACGGGCCUGCCACGGCUACGUGUGAGAACGUUGGUGGUUCAGUUCAUGGGAAGAUCGUGCCUGGUGAUUGCCGGAUGUGAUGAUUUAAAACUAGUCAUGUGUUAGUUUUUAGAUUGUAUAGGCAGAACCGGUCUAAAUCUUCCGAG